AUGACUAACUUUUCAGACUUUUCAUUCCUUGCUCGAGCGAUUGCAGAUUUUUGCAUAUUAAUAUGGUCAAUCAUACAUAUCUAUAGUAUUGACAAGUUUGAAGCAUUGCGAUGGAAAAGGAUCAUUGAUAAACCGCAAGAGCAAUGGUCACCUGAGAAUAAACAAUUGAGGCGCAUGGCUCAUCUCAUACUCAUGAUUUUUUAUGCCGUUGAGAAUUCCGCGAUAUUUUUAUUACAAAAUUUUUGGAAUUAUUUGGCCAAUGACAUCGUUAGAGCGAAAUUUAUCACCACUUGGCAAUUUAGGAUAAAUUACGCUUUUAUCGCUAUCGCCUUGAUCAUAUUCCCUUGCAUUCAUUUCCUAUUUAGUAUCGACGAUCAAAAAAUGGAUUCUUUCAACGUUCAAGAAUUAAAAGCAUAUCAGCAAAAGCAAGCUAUUGAAGAGGUCAUUCCGCAACUGGCGGCAAUGUCUUGCAACUUAUUCGUAUUAGUUUACGGGUUAAUGGCUCACCUUAAAUUUUCCUCCCUUAUUAAACAAAAUAAUCGAAAUCAUAUAGCCGACCGUUUAAAAUAUUAUAGAUACAUGAAUGGUUUAUUGAUUUUAAUUAUCGGGUUAGGUGCUAGUUCAAUGAUUAUAUUUAAUGUUGAUGCUCUUACGGAGAAGAAAUAUUUGAACAAUAAUAAAUUUACCAUCGAUUUAUUUGCCGGAAUAAUCAAUAUUUCGAUGGUCGCUUGUUGGAUCGUUUGGCUAUUGAUAUUUUAUCCACGAUUACUUCCAAAUGAUGGUGGUUAUUUAAAAUUAUCAUCCCCGUCAGCACCUUUGAAAUCUCAAAAAGGUUCCAAGAAUGUAAAACAUAUUCAAAUCAAAAUUGAUUCCACAACCAUAAUAAUGGAUACUAACCAAGAAAAUUACGUCGGUGAAGGUAUAAGCGGAAAUCCUCGAGGGUCGAUUGUUAGCGAGGUACUUUUACCUCCACCUUUGGCUACCAAUAACAAGCAAAUCGUUUCGUACGCUAGAGCAGGUUCUCCAAAGCAAUCUCGGAAUUUUUAA